UCCAUUUACAUCACUCUGGCCCAUGUACAUAUUUCACUGAUGUAAUUGAAACCGUUUUUUGCUUUUCUUUUUUUCGUUUUUUGCUCUGAUGACAAUACUGAUGGUAAUAAACCAGAUAUGAAGAAUAAAAUAAUAAAUGGAAGCAUAAACCUUAAAUACCUUUGGGUUGGUGUUAGCCUAAUGCUCUUCUGAAUGAAGGCGGAACUAUUGGUACACUUUUGUUUAAAUACGUUUUUAUUGCUCUGGACACGUGAUGCAACUAAAUCGUCUUUAAUAUGUGUAUGAACAAAGUAAUGGUAGCAAACGGUAGCUUUUGAACAACCUUUAAUAACUGAAUAAAUGUGUUUACCUCACAUAAUUUACAUGAAGUAAUUUAGCUGAAACUUUAUCCAAAGCAUCAAGUAAGCAUGGCAGAGCUGUGGUCUGCUACUUGAGACACCACUUCAGUUUCUAGAAGCUUGAAGGCAUUUGUUUAUUUGCUGCACUGUUGAAAGACAAACCACAUUAUCUCAAAUGGCGUCUGGGAUUUGACGGGCUCCAUCCAAAAAUCCACGGUUCAUUUUUAAACGUAUUGAGUUGUAGAUUUUGCGGGUGUGCUCGGCAUCUCUGUCUGGCCACUUGACCCAUUUUCUGACGAGAUUUGACUCCGAAACAGAUGGCUUUAGAGUGGCCUCUAGAAUAUGCUGGUACACACACUAACCCUCAUUGGCUAGAUCAUUUUCCCUGACUAGAAGUUGUUGAAAGUACACAACACAUGGCGUUGGUUGCUAUUCCGCUCUCCAGUGUUUAUCGGUAUUCCACUGUCCAUGAUUGGACGUUUGUUUGUGCAACGUCCAAUCAUGUCUCAGAGAAACGUUGAGUCUUGAAUUUGGUUUACACAUUUGUUAACAUGCAUUUCCAUGAAUUAAGCCACUUGAAAUAAGAGGACAAGAUGACUUGUACUUGAGAGUAGAGUAAUGGUGCAAUAACAAGGGAUGCAGUAAUAGGAAAGGUGUUUGACAAUACCAAACAAAUAUAGGCCAUCAGCAAUGUUUAUUUUUGUCAUAGUUGUGUUUUGAACUGCUGUUGAGAACAGUGUAAUGGUCUAAAGAUCCCUAUAAGUAGAUGUUUUUUGAGUUUCCAAGGCUUGCCAGCGCUUGUUACUGGACGAAGUAGGAGCUGUCUUGAAUGUUUUCCGUUAGUAUUGGAAAUCGCCUUGAAGCCCCUCACAGGGUGAUGAACGGCGGCACAAAUUGCUUCCCUUUGAUCCGCAAAUAAAAUCCAUUGCAGAUGUCUUUUCUAUUCCUAGUGCCGCUUUCAACACAAACCUGAACGCUGCUUUUAUAGAGGGCAGCAUGUGGAGAGCAGCAUUAAAAAAACGAAACCACAGUAAUCAUCUUUAAUGCAGCCAUGUGUGUCAGACCAUAAGCAUCUGGCUGAUAUUACAUUCUCAAUUAAUAUGUAGGUAAUAAAGGUGGGCCAUACUUGCACGAAUGGGGUUUGCGUUUGUAUAUUUAAUUAGGUCCACUACUAAUGAUGGUUCAGAAUAAUAUUACAAUGGAGGCCCUGGUUAGGCUCCUGGUAGGAACGAUUUCAUUCAUUAUGUGAAUGUUGAGUGCAUAUUUCACACGCCUUGUGUUCUUUUCUUAUAUUAUCACCUGAGGCUGAAAUUACUCGAUACUUAUGUCUUGUUCAAACAAGGCAUUUUAAUAUUUUGCAAAAUUGUGAUUCGUAUUUGCUAUCAUUUCAAUCAUAGUCAUGAAUACAGACAACAAAACAUGGUAAAAAAAAAAAACAUGGCCUUAUUUAAAAAAUUGAAAUGGGAAUGUGAUGGAAAGAAUUCUCAGCUGUUUGAAAUUUAGAUUUGAAAGUUAGAAUUCAGUAUUUUAUUGUAAACGAACAAAAUGAAGCCUUUACUGUUAAACGGGUCGGACUUCCCGAAAAAUAAUGCUAAAUUAGCAAUGUUUAGGUGUUGCUGUUUAUUUUUAAUUGAACAACAAAGGUCACGCAUAAAGUAGGUUAUUAAGAAAAAGGUUUUCAAGGCUUGAAAGGCUAGCGUUUUUUCUUGUGUGAGUAUUUAAAGUUAUCUGCUUUCUUUAAACAAACCAUCAUUUUAGAUGUAUACCCUUUUAUAUUGAUACAUUAAUGUAAGCAGCCAGACGGUAUUGGAAUGGAUGCAUUUAAUGAAAGUGUUUGAUUAGUGGGGAUAGAUAGAGCUUUGGGGAUUUUGGCUCCCAGCGUUUGAAAUGUGCACGGAUAGAGCACCAGAGGAGACCUUGUCCUGCCGAGAAGGUGUCGCCCUGACUGUGAGGAGGUUAUGCAGUUCAUGCCAAGGCUGUGGGUGUUAAUUCAAAGAGGAAGAGAACAUUCUUUAGGGCACACUGUGUGUUUUAUGUUUAUUUCGUAGCUUGGGCCCUGGAAGGAAGGGAAAGUAUAGGAUCGUUCCUCUGUUAUAUCAAGUCAAGGAUGAUUUGAUGGGUUCUUAUUGGAUUAGCUGGAAUUCUCAACUCAAUACUUUUCCCAAAUCGGUUUAAUUGUUUUUUAUGUUAGAUUAAUCAAAUAAAUAUAAUUAUUAAUCUAACUUGCAACAAUCUUAAUUUUUUGUUAUAACUAUGCAAGUAUGGAAGAGAUGGCUAAGCUAUUGCUUUUCAUGCAAAGCAUUGAAUUCUAGCUUCUGCACAGAUUGGCAUAACAAAGGCUGUCAGCAAAAUGUUAUGGUUCCUUCUAACCCCAGUGUUGUAGGUCCCGUUUCUCCAACAAGAUGGCGCCCUUUCUGAGCUUCAACUGGUCUCACCGUGAGGCUGAUGGAAAGGGAGGGGUUUCUCACCUCCUCCCUCUCUCUCCUCCCCUCCCUCCUACCAACUGAAAUGCAGCAGAGGAAAUAGCCACUGUGGUGGAUCCAACCCAUUGGACUCCCAGCGCUGCUGCUAGUGCUGCUGCUAAUGUCACUAGCCUAGUCUUUAGCCUGCACUCCCUUCUACCAGGGUCUUUCUUCCUCUUCUUCCCCCUCCUCUCUCUCUCUCUCUGUCUCUUUUUUUUUAACGGUGUUGGCCGUGUGGGAUGGAAUCGCGCGUCGUUGUCAGCAGGUUUUCCGUGGAUGUGCUCUGUGGCGCGCGUGCGACCGUAGCACCGUUGUGGUGACAGCAGCAACAUGCCACUGAAAUGGAAAAGCGGGUCGCCGGUCAGCUGGAAAUUCCCCGUGCCCGUGCUUAAGACGUCCAGGUCGUCGCCUCUGUCGCCUGCUUACAUCCACCAACACUCCUUUGUGGUGUGGACCUCACGCUCGCUCUUCGCAGCCUCUGCCACUUACCACCUGACGGGAUCCCUGGUUGAGGACGACGACGCUCACAUGAAGGUUGCGCUGGGCUACGGAGACGUGGGCGUCCCCUCCCACCUCCAGGCCUCCAAGACGGGGAACACUCGCUUCUUCACCAGCAACACACACAGCGCCGUGGUUCUGCAGGGGUUUGACCAGCUGAGGAUAGAGGGGCUACUGUGUGAUGUGACGCUGGUUGCCGGCGAUGGAGAUGAAGCAUUUCCUGUCCACCGGGCCAUGAUGGCCUCCUCCUCAGACUACUUCAAAGCCAUGUUCACAGGUGGAAUGAAGGAGCAGGAUCUGAUGUGCAUCAAGCUCCACGGGGUAAACCGAAUAGGCCUGAAGAAGAUCAUUGACUUCAUUUACACGGCGAAGCUAUCGCUCAACAUGGAGAACCUGCAGGACACACUGGAGGCAGCUAGCUUCCUGCAAAUCCUCCCGGUGCUUGACUUCUGCAAAGUGUUCCUCAUCUCCGGGGUCUCGCUGGACAACUGCGUGGAGGUGGGGCGCAUCGCCAAUGCCUACAACCUCACAGAGGUGGACAAGUACGUCAACAACUUUAUCCUCAAGAACUUCCCCUCGCUACUGGGCACGGGGGAGUUCGUCAAGCUGCCCUUCGAGCGGCUGGCCUUCGUGCUGUCGAGCAACAGCUUGAAACACUGCAGCGAGCUGGACCUGUUCAAGGCGGCGUGCCGCUGGCUGCGCUACGAGGACGGCCGCAUGGACCACGCCGCCAAGCUCAUGAAGAACAUCCGCUUCCCCCUCAUGAACCCCCAGGAGCUCAUCAACCACGUGCAGACGGUGGACUUCAUGCGCACGGACAACACUUGCGUCAACCUGCUGCUGGAGGCCAGCAACUACCAGAUGAUGCCCUACAUGCAGCCCGUCAUGCAGUCGGAGCGCACGGCCAUCCGCUCGGACAGCGGCCACCUGGUGACGCUGGGCGGCGUGCUGCGGCAGCAGCUGGUGGUCAGCAAGGAGCUGCGGCUGUUCGACGAGAAGGCGCACGAGUGGAAGGCGCUGGCGCCCAUGGACGCGCCGCGCUACCAGCACGGCAUCGCCGUCAUCGGCAAUUUCCUGUACGUGGUGGGCGGCCAGAGCAACUACGACACCAAGGGCAAGACGGCGGUGGACACGGUGUUCCGCUACGACCCGCGCUACAACAAGUGGAUGCAGGUGGCGUGCCUCAACGAGAAGCGUACCUUCUUCCACCUGAGCGCGCUCAAGGGACACCUGUACGCCGUGGGCGGGCGCAACGCGGCCGGGGAGCUCGCCACGGUGGAGUGCUACAACCCCCGGACCAACGAGUGGACCUACGUGGCCAAGAUGAACGAGCCCCACUACGGCCACGCGGGCACCGUCUACGGGGGCUACAUGUACAUUUCAGGCGGCAUCACCCACGACACCUUCCAGAAGGAGCUGAUGUGCUUCGACCCCGACGCCGACAAGUGGACGCAGAAGGCGCCGAUGACCACGGUGCGCGGCCUGCACUGCAUGUGCACCGUGGCGGACCGCCUCUACGUCAUCGGCGGCAACCACUUCCGGGGCACCAGCGACUACGACGACGUGCUGAGCUGCGAGUACUACUCGCCGGCGCUCGACCUGUGGACGCCCAUCUCGCCCAUGCUGCGCGGCCAGAGCGACGUGGGCGUGGCGGUGUUCGAGAGCAAGAUCUACGUGGUGGGCGGCUACUCCUGGAACAACCGCUGCAUGGUGGAGAUAGUGCAGAAGUACGACCCCGAGAAGGACGAGUGGCACAAGGUCUUCGACCUGCCCGAGUCGCUGGGCGGCAUCCGCGCCUGCACGCUCACCGUGUUCCCGCCGGAGGACCUCACGGGGUCGCCGUCGCGCGAGUCGCCGCUCUCGGCGCCAUGACGCCACGACCCCGGGCCCCUCCCGCCCCUCUACUGAGCCCCCUCUCCUCCCCCCCACCCUGUAACGAACACACAGAUGCACACAUAGAACUACGUCGACACGCAGACGAACAGACAGUGUUUGCACUUCCUAUCAGGACUACAUCAGUAGUGCAGCGUCCUGAGCCCCGCCCCUCGGAAGCCACGCCCCCGCCCCU